AUGAUUGUUAAUCCAGCACGAGGUCCCUUCCAUUUCCGUGCUCCUUCUAAAAUCUUUUAUAAGGCUGUACGUGGUAUGAUUCCACAUAAAACUUCUCGCGGUGCAGCAGCUUUAGGUCGUCUUAAGAUUUUUGAAGGAAUACCUCCUCCAUAUGAUAAGAAAAAACGUAUGGUGGUACCUGAUGCCCUUAGAGUUUUAAAAUUGAAACCUGGUCGUAAAUAUACAACUCUCACUCGUCUAUCCACUGAAGUUGGAUGGAAAUAUGAAGAGGUUGUUAAGAAACUAGAAGAAAAACGUAAAGUUAGAAGUCAAGAAUAUUAUGAUCGUAAAAAGAAACUUGUUAAAAUUCAUAAUGAAGCUCUCGAGAAAUGA